GCAGCAGCACCACUCGCAGUCAAGCAGCGGAACUCCAGGCACUCACUUCCCCAGCUGCUGACGUCAGCUGGCAGCCUGGGCAGUGCUCGCCGCUCCGGACAUAGCGCCGACAAAAAUGCUGCUCUCCGUACCGCCAAGGGCAGGAAUCAACCCGUACAGCGGCUUUAACAGCAGAAACAGCAAAAAGCAGGCCUAUGUUUCCUCCGGCCACCAGAUGGCUCCACCGAGUCCCAACAACAACAGUAGCAGUAACAGCAGCGGAGGAGGUGGAGAACAACUAAGUAAAACCAACCUGUAUAUCCGCGGUCUUCAUCCCGGGACUACGGACCAAGACCUGGUUAAGCUCUGCCAGCCGCAUGGCAAGAUUGUGUCAACCAAAGCAAUCUUGGAUAAAACCACCAACAAAUGUAAAGGCUAUGGCUUUGUAGACUUCGACAGUCCAGCAGCAGCUCAGAAAGCUGUAACGGCUCUGAAAUCAAGUGGUGUCCAGGCACAGAUGGCCAAACAACAAGAGCAGGACCCCACCAAUCUGUACAUCUCCAACCUGCCGGUGUCCAUGGACGAGCAGGAACUGGAGAGCAUGCUCAAGUCCUUUGGACAGGUCAUUUCCACGCGCAUUCUGCGAGACGCCAACGGAACUAGCCGCGGUGUGGGAUUUGCCAGGAUGGAGUCCACAGAGAAGUGUGAGGCCAUAAUUCAACAUUUUAAUGGCAAAUUCAUCAAGACUCCACCGGGAGUUCCGGUUCCCACAGAGCCCUUAUUAUGUAAGUUUGCAGACGGAGGUCAGAAAAAGAGGCAGAACCAGGGGAAGUACCUCCCCAACGGAAGGCCCUGGGCCAGAGACGGAGAGACCGGAGGAAUGACGCUUGCGUAUGACCCCACAACAUUACAAAAUGGCUUCUACUCAUCGCCAUACAGUCUGGCUCCAAACCGGAUGAUCGCCCAGACGUCCCUCUCACCUUACAUGCAUUCUCCUGUCUCAUCCUACCAGGUGCACAGCCCGUCCUGGAUGCACCAUCAGUCAUACCUCAUGCAGCCAGCUGGUACAGUUCUUACCCCAGCAAUGGAUCACGCGAUGUCCAUCCAGCCCACGUCUAUGUUGGGACCUCUUGCCCAGCAGCUAAGCCACCUGUCCCUGGGCAGCACGGGCACAUAUAUUCCGGCCAACACAACUAUGCAGGGGACCUACAUCCCCCAGUACACCCCAGUGCCUCCCUCCAAUGUUCCAGUUGAGGAGAACGGUGGUCAGCAGCAACAGGUUGCUAUGGAAACUCCAACAGAACACACAAACUACUCGUACCAACACACCAAGUGAAGCUUGGGUGGGGCCUAGGCCAUGUGAUGAAUCCAACCAAUCAGGGUUCAGCUAAACAAGAACUCUGCUCCAUCCCGUCACCAACCAUUCGGACUUGAACAUGGAUGACAAAAGGAACACGUGUGUAUGCGCGUGUGUGUGUGUGCGUGCGUAUGAGAGAGAGAGAGUCUGUGUGUUUGUUUGUUUUACUUCCAUUUUUAAAGAAACAAGACAACACUUCCAUCAUUGAAUGUUUCUGCUCACAAGUUGAACUACCAAAGGAGGUAAUCUUCUCCGGAGAAGAUCUGAUCUAUUUUAAUAACUGAAACAAGGAACAAGACAAAAUGUUGUAGGAAAAAAAAAGAGGAAGAAAAUUGGUGAGGAGGAAAAAAACAGAGCGUUAUUUUUAUGCACGUAAUAUAACAAAAUUCUUAUUUUUAAAAAUUGCAUUCUGGAUGUUUCAGAGUGAUUCAAGGAAAAGAGUUAAAACACAAUGUGUCUUUUAUUUUUUUUGUAAAAUAUGCAAACUUUUUAUUUCCUGAUGUCUGCUGUUUGACAUUCUAUUUGCAGCCGUGGGACAACAGUUUGUACAGGUUACCCCCCCCCCCCCAAAUAUAAACACUUUUGCUGGAUGUCAAGUCAUUGCAACCACGGGAGGCAAACCGUUUAAAGCUACUUCUUCCUCUAACUGCUGCAGAGAUUUCUAGUCAUGCACAAGUGAUAGAAACACAUCUUAUUUAUACUUUUUAAUCCUUUUAAAAAAAAAAAUUGUGAGUGAACAAAAGACAAUCAAUUAUUUCUAUUUAUAUUUGACUUAUUUUUCUAUUUUUGUCCAGAAUUUUUAGACCAUUUUAACCUUUAUACAAAAGAGGUUAUUUAAUAGUGGGGUCUCUAAAGACUAUAAAGAAGCCACAGAGUGAUAAGCUGACCUUUUUGGGAAUUGUACUAUUGACCCUUUUCACAGUCAGACCACUUCUGUCUCUACCCUUCCGCUAUGUGUAUUCACUAAUGGAAUAAGAUGUAAACAAAUGAAUAAUGUAAUAUAAAGUGAGAUGAAUAAUGUUUUAUUAUUUACAAUUGUAGUAAUCUUAAGUAAAACCAAAGGUGCCCAGCAGUGCUGCAGUUUCUCAAGUGUCAAACGUGACUAAUUCUAUUAAAGGACAGAUCCUUGGUGUCUUAAUAAAAUGUCUGACAUCCUGUGGUCAAAAUACACCAAGGAUCAAGAAUUAUAGCAUAAUUACCACCCUCUUUUUAGUGCCCUUUAAAAGCAGCCAGUUUUGGGGGUGGGGAGCUGUCUUGUCUCAUGCAAAUGAGCCACUGCUCACCGCGCUUCCCCUAUACUGCAAGAUUGGCCAUCGCGAGUACGUCGGGAGGCUGCUACUUGCGAGUCUUUGGACUUGGGCUUUUCACUAUUUGAUAUUUUUAGAAGCGAUUAUUCUAUAAACUAUUCUACAAAUGAAUCGUAUAAUUGGAUACAAAUUUAGAUUGCAUUAAAGUUUAUCGCAAAAUAAUCUCCACUUUAAACAAACAAAUAGUAACGUGUUUGGGAUAAUCAAGCUUUGCACAGCUUCCCGACUUCAGUGAUUAAAUAUGAACUAAAAGCAACAGAAGCAUUGCUAGCGAAUGAGCUUGCUAGCCAGCUUUUACAUUUCUCUUCCUGGCUAAUGUUUGUCUAUUUGACAACCAGAUGGAGCUGAUGGAAAAGUGCCAUAGAGAUUUUGUCGGAAACAGUAAUCCUUGCUAUGCUAAUGCUUGCCUUAUGCACUCAAGAGCAGUGUUUGUUUAUUCAACCAAGGCACACAUGUUACAGGAGAAAAAUCUCAUAGCAGCCCACCAAAAAAAUUCACAAAAAAUCUGAAGACUGAAAUAUUGAAGCUCUUUACUCACAAAUUGUGAAAUGUGGGCCUUUUUAAUUGAACGCAAAAUGUAUAUACUUAUUCUGUUAUAUGAAUGGCAACAGGUGAAUACAAAAGUGUAUUGUACCUUCUGCCAUCUAAUGGAGGAGCAUCUAAUUGUUCUUCCUGUCACUCUACACCACUCAUGCAGACGAACAAAGAUAUAGUUGUAAUUCAUAAAUAAUAAUUUACUGAUAAAUUAAGUGAAACUAGAAAAUUUUCCAUGGCACCCCUGAUGAUCUCUCACAGCACACGAGGGUACGACGGCGGCCCUGGUAGGGAAUCAUUGCUCUAGAACAAGCACAAGUUUUUUCUUCGUGGUUGCAUGUUAUAUUAAUAACAACAUUAAUCUCACUUUACGUUUCAUUCAUGGAGUUAUAUCUUAUUCCUGUACAAUUUGCUGAUCUGAAUAUAAUCCCAGGAAGAAACAGUCUGACAUCACAGUGAAAAGGGUCUAUUUUUAGGCCACAGAAGAAUGAUUCUACCGUUUCUGGUGAUUUCAUGGGUUUUACUGUGAUCCGUGUUCUGUGUUUGCGGUGCACACAGGCUGUAGAUCAGCAUGACACCUGUUCACACUCCUCGUGGCCAUGUUGAGAAGUGGUUUUAAGCGGUUUUGUUGAAGCAACUCUUCAAGCAUCAAUUCAAUUGGUUCUCUUGUUGCGAGGAGAAUGUGCAUCAGUGAAAUGACCGCAGUUGUUCAAUGGAGAUAUAAGAUGAGGGAACUCGAAUAGAAGAGUUAUACAUUCUCUUCAGAGUGAUUGGUUGCAAAGGGAGCUGGAGGUCUUUUCUCAAUGCUGCUGUUGUCACCUAAUUUUGAGUCAUUUUGUUGUUGUUUUUUGUAGAAAGUUUUUCUUUUUGACUGUCACUUGAAAACCUUUUGAGCUAACUUGCCUUACUUUUGAUUAUCUUAGAAGUAGACAACACUUUAGCUGUAGAGAGAUAACAUUAGAUGUUAGUUUGUUGGUGUUAGUUUUGCCGUUUUUUUUGCACAUCACGUUUUCUCUCGUUUUGUUUCUCACGCAUCUGUUCCUUUUGUUGUUGUGCUGUUGAGCCUUUUUGUAAAAAAAAAAAAAAAAAAGAGAAAGAAAAAGAAGCCUUUUCAAGUGAAGAGCUUAACCAAACUGACUUUGUUUGCUGACUCAAAACAUUCAUAGUGACGGUGAAUCAGUGUUGUAGGUCAAGAUGAGGCUUUGACCAUACUACAAGCCCUUGCAUGCACACAAGCUUUCAUUUAUGCACACAUCAUACACUGUAAACAUGUUGGUUUUAUGAACAUUGAUCACUAGACCCGACCGUGAGAGUGCCAAUAGAGAGGGUAUCUAUGCCCCUUUUCCUCUGCACAGUACCAGAAAGGCUUGGUUUUACUUGUGUUGGUUUGGGGCGAUUGGUUUUCCACCUCAAAAUAGUACACGUAAAACUGCAAAAAACACGGAUCAUUAACUUAUUCACUGCCAGCCGUUUUCAAAGCAGAGCUCCCCAUAUUGCAAGCUGUUUGUUAUAGGGCAUUUUUGACUGAGGUUUCAAGACCCGCAAAAUAUUGUGUUCUGUGACAAUAUGAGCACCAAACCUACCCGAAGAAAGAGUAGACUCUCUUCUUUCCCCAGAAAAAAAGUUUUUUUUCUACCCCUUUCUGUUCUUUAGAAAUCAACAGUAGAUCAUGUGUCGGGUUUACCAAACACGCAUGUAGUUAUCUUAUUGCGGCAUGCCGUGUUGUUGUGUGAAAGCCCACUCAGUUGUGGCAAUAUCCUGUUCUGUUGGAUUCUAUGUAAAAGGCACAGGCGGAUCAAUGCCCAAUCUUAGCUCUGAUGCCGCAAUCUUGCGGGUUCUCUGUGUGGAAGAUGCUAAUGACGCAGUAAUUUCGAAUGUGCUCGACCAAGUGAGCAGUAUUCAAAACAGUACCAGGUAAUAUCUUCUUUUGCAAACAGCAAAGUGUCAAUAAGCGAGUAGAGCCGUGUAAGUACCAUUCCAUGGAAAAGGGGCAUUAAUGUCUUUGAUUUGUGAAUGAUCCAAAGUAAUCUGGAAAUCCGAAUUUCAGCAAAGCCGUAAUGUUCUUUCUUUGUGUGAACUGCCUAAAAAUCCCAAGGGAUUGUCACUACAUGAGACGGCAACCAACUUGUUGGAAACCAAUCGAGUUAACAAUUAUCUUUGGUCGGUCGGAGCUAAGCUUUUCUUCCUGUUCAUCAGGUUUGGAUCCAGUGAAAACACGCUGACUCUUUUUUUUUUUCGUCUGUGUGUAUGUGCGUUUGUUACAUGUAUGUUUUGCGUGCUACGUUGUUCAUUUGUGCAACCAAAGAUGUUGUUGUCAACCACACAUUCACGUUCAUACGUUGCUCUCAACAAGACGUGCGAGGAAAGCUGGACAAACUGCUUUUAUCAAUACUGAAUGACUCGGAAGGAUAACAGCGUUUCCAUGCCCUCAGAAUCCAAAGUGGUUUUGUUUCCAUGCGUGAGCUAUAUAGGAAGUUCCAUUCUUAUACACAGUAUACAAGGAAUGGCUGCAUGUCCUACUGAAACUUUAGGGGGUUUACCAGGCUUCCAGGAGGAGCACCCCGUGCAACUUGAGAGAGCAUAUUUUGUAAAUAGUCUUUAUUUUCACUUUUUCUUUACACAAUUUUGUUUCUUGUGUGAGUGUGUUUUCAUGACUUAUUUUUUGUUUUAUAAAAUGUCCAGAUCACGCAGUGACUAGCAAGUUGUCGGAAUCAAACACGCCAUGAAGGAGUAUGUCAUGGAAAAUGUUUAUAUGAGAGAAAUGAUGAUGUGUUAAUAUCAUCUUUGAACACACACACACACACAAAAAAGGAUUUUGGAACUAUGAAAUGACUACUUUGUUACAAUGCAGUGUUUAUUUAUUUGAUCGUUUUCUACCAAAUUACAAUCAAACCUAACGUUACAUUUUAUUUAUGAUGCUGGAAAAGGAAUUUGCAUCAUGUAAAAUUACUUUGAAUUGUAGUAAAUCAUACUUUAUUCUGAUGAAUGGUCCACAGUUUCUCUCCAUGCACUUAUUUGUACUUACACCAAUUUGAUAAAAGUCAUCCUUAAAGAGAUUGAUGGAUUAUUUCAUAGCUUCAAAAUGUUUUGCUGCUAAAACAGGAUUUCUCAACAGGUUGUAGGUUGUCGCUGUGUCUGCAUUUUCUAAAUCUUUACUUUUGGGAAUACAUUGAAGACUCUACAAUUUACACAAUUUUACAUAUUCAAUUGUAGAAAUGAUAACAAAAUUGAAAAAAUAAAAACACUGUAUGAAUCAGAGAGAUUUUGAAAAUGCACUGGUUGCCUCCCACCUCCUGCUUGUGAACAGUUUUCUUAUUUAUACAUGAACUCAUUUUGUACAGUUUUGUUAGAGGAAAGAGCUUUUGAUAUUUGGUUAUUUUGCAGAGCCACUUGGCUACUGUUGUCUUCUUGUGCCAGAGUUUAUAAAAUGGUCUGUUACUUGUUGUUGUUUUUUUUGUUUUUGUUUUUUUUAAAUUGAUUUUAGAAAAUAUUUUCCUUCUGUCUUGGUUUUCUCUUUGAAUUUAAAAAUGUCCAUUGUACUUUCUUUUUUUUUUUUUUUUAAAUAAAAAGCCUUGUUCCAAUGAUUACAA